GAUAGAGAAGUGGGAGACGGAACAACUUCUGUGGUGCUGCUGGCUGCGGAGCUGCUUCGGCUGUCUGUACAGCUCAUCAAAGACGACCUCCACCCCACAGCAGUCAUCGCCGGCUACCGACUCGCCAUGAAGGAGUCCGUGCGGUACUUGAAGUCGCGGCUGAGUCUGCCGCUGCAGAAACUCGAAAUGGACUUUUUGCUUUCUGUGGCGAAGACCUCUUUGGCUUCGAAGUUCAUAGCAGCAGAAAACAACUUUUUUCCGCAACUUUGCUGCCGCGCAGUCCACGCAGUCAAAACCGUGACGGAAAAGGGGGAAACAAAGUACCCCGUGGACUCUAUUUCAAUUUUGAAGACUCAUGGAAAGAGCGCGAGGGACUCCGAACUUGUUGAUGGUUUUGCUCUUAAGGCUUCCAGAGCUGCUCAGGUUCCCAGUCUUGCUUUGCGAGUUGGCCCGCUCCGCAUGCUGUGCCACGGGGUGUACCGACAGCAGAGCGCGCGGGCGGCGCAGCGCAUGCAAAGACGCCAAAUGGUUUUAUUUUAA